CAUCAUUUGACAAUAAAGUUGUAGAUUCUGCAGUUCAGAAUGACGAUCUUGGUUGUUCUGGUCCUCCUGGGUCUACACAGCGCAGCAGCAGUGAUUCACUCUCUGAAGAAUUUGGUCACUGGGUCCUCUCAAGCCCCAAACUUCCCAGAGUUUGUGGCUGUUGGGAUGGUUGAUGAUGUUCAGGUUGAUCACUAUGACAGCAACACCAGAAGAAGAGAACCCAAACAGGACUGGGUGAACAGACUCAUAGAAGAUGAUCCAAAUUUCUGGGAGAGUCCAGAAGAGAUCCUUAGGGUUCAUCAGCAGCUCUACAACGACAGCAUUGGACCUUUGAUGCAUAGCUUCGACCAAACUGGAGGUGUCCAUAUUCUCCAGGUGAUGAUUGGAUGUGAAUGGGACGAUGAGACUGGAGAUGUAAAUGGAUCCACUUGGAUUGGUUAUGAUGGAGAAGACUUCAUAUCAUUUGACCUGAAGACAGAGAAAUGGAUCGCUCGAAAACAACAAGCUGAAAUCAUCAAACAGAAGUGGGACACUAACAGAGCUUUGAAUGCAUGGUUAACGCACUACAUCAUCCAGAGGUGUCCUUACUACCUGAAGAAGUUUGUGAACUAUGGGAGGAGCUCUCUGAUGAGAACAGACCUUCCCUCAGUGUCUCUCCUCCAGAAGACUCCCUCCUCUCCAGUCAGCUGCUUCGCUACAGGUUUCUACCCUGACAGAGCCAAGAUGUUCUGGAGGAAAGAUGGAGAGGAGCUUCAUGAGAACGUGGAACUUGGAGAGAUCCUCCCCAACCAUGAUGGAUCCUUCCAGAUGAAUGUUGACCUGGACCUUUCAUCAGUCAGACCUGAAGACUGGAGGAAGUACGAAUGUGUGUUUUGGCUCUCUGGUGUGAAUGACGACAUCAUCACCAAACUGGACAAAGCUGCGAUCAAAUCUAAUGAAGGUCCUUCAGGUUUCCCUCUUGGUGCUGUCAUCGGAGGUGUUGUUGUACUGCUGCUCCUGGUAGUCGGUAUCGUUGGAUUCUUCCUCUGGAAGAAGAACAAUAAUUGGUUUCAACCUGCUAACACUACAGAUGUUUCAUCAUCAUCAUUGUCAUCAUCAGUUGAAGUUCAAAAUACUGGAUUAUGACCCGUAAAGAGAAGAGAUAACUGGAGUGAUAUGAUCCACCUUCUUGGUCUUGGUGAGGACUCGAUCAGCUGCAGCUGUUACAGAAGUUGAGUUUACUGAAGAAAUGCAUGGACAAGUGUUUCCAAAUCCUGUUGAGACAUUGAUAUAUUCUUGAAAGAGAAAACAGAAACAGACGACUGAACAAAACUUGU